CCUGCCGAGAAAUCCGCCAAACCCGGCGACAAGAAGCCAGAGAAGAAGCCAACGGCAACUUCUGCAGCUGGCUCUGCUUCAACUGCAAAACCUGCUGCUGCCAAGAAAGCUGCACCCGCCAAGAAGCCCGCUGCUGCCCCAGCUGGUGGUGUCAAGAAGCCUGUAGCCAAGAAAGCAGCGCCUGCCAAAAAGCUCGCCACCAAGCUCAAGCCAAAGGCUAAGGAUGCUAAGAAGAAGGCUGCCGCUGGCAAGAAGCCACAAUCACUCUUGGCUAAAUUGUCGGCGAAGGCUCGCGCCGCCGCUAAGGGCAAGAAGGUCGCCGCUAAGCCCGGUGCUAAAGUGCAAAAGGGUACAGCAAAGGCUAAGGCUGUUGCUUUAUUGAAGGCCAAGAAAGUGCAAACUAAGAUUGUGAAGGGUGCUUUUGGUACACGCACACGCAAGGUGCGCACCAACGUGCACUUCCGUCGGCCAAAGACUCUGGUGUUGCCACGCCGUCCUAAAUACCCAAGGAAGUCGGUGCCAACCAGAAAUCGCAUGGAUGCUUACAAUAUCAUCAAAUACCCAUUGACUACUGAAGCAGCCAUGAAGAAGAUUGAAGAUAAUAACACGUUAGUGUUCUUGACGCACUUGCGUGCUAACAAGAACCACGUACGUGCUGCUGUGCGUAAA